AUGCAAUGCAAUGUUUUCUUUUUGGCCUUAUUGGGUAUCGGUCUUGGAAUCGCAUUCCCACAGCAAGCAAACCGAACUGUUUACGAUGAUCUGCUUACCAGCCCUACCGAAUAUGGCUUCAGGUCUUUCAAUCGAAAAAUUGAUAAUCAAAUUCGACAAUUGAGAAAUGAGUCGAUCGCUAAAAGUUACAGCAAAUGCCAGAAUGCUUGUGCUCUUUUGGCGAUUUUGUUAACGAACGUCAGCUCACCCAACCAACUCGACUAUCGUCCGCUGCAAUAUUGGUCGGUCCAGCAGUCUGAAGUUACUCCGGCGUGCAGAGUCGAUGUUUCCAGUGCCAAGAUGAUUUCGUCAACGAUACUAGUGUCUAAUUUAACGAAUUGCCCAUUUGCGGUACGGAGUGGCGGCCACACCAGCUGGGCAGGCGGAUCUAGUAUUCAAGAUGGCAUCCUAAUCAACCUAGCGAAUCUGAACAUGGUUUCUCUCAACAGCGAUCGGACAGUAGCCAAGGUGGGGGCAGGCAACAAUUGGUAUGACGUCUAUAAAGUACUCGAUCCUUUGGGUAUAUCAGUAGUAGGAGGGAGAGAAGCGGGUGUUGGAGUCGGUGGUCUGCUUCUAGGAGGUGGUAUAUCAUACUUUUCAGGUCGAUAUGGAUGGGGGUGUGACAACGUUCUGAACUAUGAAGUCGUGCUUGCUAACGGUAAAAUUGUGAACGCUUCGCCAUAUCGGAACGCAGCCCUGUAUUGGGCGCUUCGAGGAGGUUCAGGAACUAAUUUUGGCAUUGUCAGCCGCUUCGACUUAGGAGCGUUUGAGCAAGGCCUGCUGUGGGGAGGAAACCGAUUCUAUUUGUGGGAUAACAAAGACGUCCUCGUAGACACUUUCGCGAAGUUUAUUGUGGAUGCUCCCAUGGAUGAAUUUGCACACCUCUAUAUUUCCUUCGGCUAUAACAUCCAACUCGGUGGGUUUGCUGGAAUUGCUGGGCCGGCGUAUGGCAGAGCAAUCUCAAAUGCGACAAUUUUCGAAGAUUUGAACAAAAUACCCGUCCUUUUUGAUACGACGCACAUCGCGAGUAUGGGCGUACUAGCUGUUGAACUCAACCAAACGGAUUUCCUCAGGAAAGUUGAGGAAAUCUUUAAGACCGUAACAUUCAAGAGCAAUUCAACACUGAUGAAGAAAAUUGUCGGAAUAUUCCACGAGGAAGCCAGUAAUGUCUUGGAUGUGACAGGCCUAAACCCAUUCUUCGCCUUCCAACCAUUAUCCGUCAAUAUAAUAGCUCAUAUGCAAAAGAAUGGUGGCAAUGUUCUGGGUCUUUCCGAAGCUGAUGGACCAUUAACAAUCAUGAAUCUCAAUUGGGGGUGGGCCAAUUCUGCCGAUGACGGUCGUGUCAAUGCUGCCUUGGAUCGAUUCGUAUUCAGAAGCGUAGAGUUGGCAAAAUCUCUGAACUUAGAUCAUCGGUUCAUUUAUCUAAAUUAUGCUACUUUGGAUCAGGAUGUGUUCAGCGGGUAUGGACAGAAAAGUCUUACUAGACUAAAAGUCGUCCAAAAGAAGUAUGAUCCGACUGGAGUGUUCAAAAGACUGCAACCCGGAUACUUCAAGCUCUGA